AUGGCCACCAUUCCAGCCUCACUCCAGCAAAGCCUCGACGCCACUAAAGUCGAAUAUGUUCGUCUAGGCUCUUCAGGACUUCGUAUAUCUACACCCGUCCUGGGUGCCAUGUCUUUGGGCUCCAGCCAGUGGCAGCCGUGGGUGUUAGACGAGGACCAGUCUCUCGAGGUGCUCAAAGCCGCUUAUGAUCGAGGUCUCAACACAUGGGACACAGCGAACAUGUACUCCAAUGGCCUUAGCGAGGAAGUCGUUGGUAAGGCCCUCCAAAAGUUUUCCAUCCCACGUGAAAAGGUCGUUAUCAUGACCAAGUGCUUUGUCUAUGUCGCGGAGGAGACUGGGAUAUUCGCCCCUAUUUUAAUUCGGUCAUGGGCCAGAGCAAAGACUACGUCAACCAAGGAGGCUUACGGAUCAAACACAGGUCUUUCUCGCGCCGCCAUUUUCAACGCCGUGGAAGCGUCUCUUGCUCGUCUAGGCACUAGUUACAUCGACUUAUAUCAGAUCCACCGCUUCGACCCCUCCACACCAAUCGAAGAGACCAUGAAAGCCCUCCACGAUCUGGUGCAGUCGGGCAAGGUGCGCUACCUCGGCGCGAGCGCCAUGUGGGCCACGAAUUUUGCGCGCAUGCAGGCCGAAGAGCAUGAGACGAAUCGUUAUUGCAACGACACGAACGUGGGCCUGCUGUCGUUUUCGCCCAACUUUGGCGGCAAGCUGGCCCGCCCCCUGGGCCUCGAGGACUCGAUCCGAGCCAAGGCGCCAAGUCCGAUUGGCAAAGGGCUCACGGCCGCUGAUGAGGAGAUAAUCCGGCGGGUGGAGAAGCUGGCUAGCGAGAAGGGCUGGAAGAUGAUACAUGUUGUUUUAGCGUGGCACAAGACCAAGAAGACUGUGCCGCUCGUCGGUUUCAACUCGAUUGCCCGGAUCGAUGAGGCUUGCGAUGGGAAGGGGAAGGCACUCACGGGUGAGGAGGCCAAGUUUCUUGAGGAGCCAUAUGUUCCUAAAGCCGUCGUUGGUCAUGAGUGA